CUUUUGAUUGCUCCACUGUCGAGUGUAAGGUGACACGCUAUCGCACGGGUAAUUUUCUAGUUCAGUGUACUGCAGUCAGGAAUAUUUCCUGACGUGGCUAUAAAACGGGAUUUUAGAUUUCAAAAUGGCGGAACGCAGCGCUGAUUUCAAGAGAUAUGUGGCAUAUUUCUGACACGCCAAUGCUGACACAAACUGGGUUAUGGAAUAAUAUCCUGACGUGGCUAUGAUACGGGAUUUUAGAUUUCAAAAUGACGGAACGCAGCGCUGAUUUCAAGAGAUAUGUGGCAUAUUUCUGCCACGCAAAUGUCGACACAAAGUGGGUUAUGGACAUGAUCAACACAUUGGAGUCCAAGAAGUAUGGUAUAAAAUGUGCUGAAUACGACCGGGAUUUCAGCUGUUGUGGGAAGUACAUCACAGAUCUGUUUCAGGAGUUUCUGGAAGACUCUCACUGGAUAAUCGUGGUGCUGUCGCCGGAGUUUGUCCGGUCUAAGUGGUCGAUGUACCAGCUGAAUCUAGCUGUUCAUUACAGCGUCCACAAAAAACACAGCAAUAUUGUACCUUUACUGAAAACACCCGUCGAUGUUCCCGACUGCCUGAAAUGUUUUGAAUUGGUAGAUACAAGAGAAAAGAAAUGGCUUACACAACUUCUGCUACGACUAAGUUUGCCAGCCGCGAUGUUUCCAAAGUUUAAGCCAGUCUGCACAAACAAAGAUCAUAUCAGUAUGGAUGCUCUGGCUGGACCCAGCACUCGCAACAUAAUGUCUGAACAGUUCCAUCUUCAAAGAAACGAUACACUUUCACAGGAGGAAUUUAACAAAGUUAAGAUCCUAAAGUACAUGCACGAAGGUCAGUCGUUUUGGAACAAGGCAAGACGCGAGGGCUUCCCCAAAUCAGGACCGUCGGCGAUCUGUAACAACAGGCACAGUUCCGACAGAAAAGGUGAAGAGUAUGGACGUAAGAAUAAGAAAGGAUCAGCUGAUGAAGGUGUCACCUAUACUAACGAUGACCCUGACGCUAUACCCGACUGCGUGUUGGAUUCUGGCAACAACUCCAAAGGACAUAGAUUACAUAAUGGAAUAGGGGACCAACGCACUUACGCUAUUCCCGACUGCGUGUUGGAUUCUGGCAACCACUCCAAAGGACAUAGAUUACAAAAUGGAGUAAGGGACCAACGCACUUACGCUAUUCCCGACUGCGUGUUGGGUUCUGGCAACAACUCCAAAGGACAUAGAUUACAAAAUGGAGUAAGGGACCAACGCACUUACGCUAUUCCCGACUGCGUGUUGGAUUCUGGCAACCACUCCAAGGGGCUUAGAUUUCAUAAUGGAAUAGGAAAACAACGCAUUGAUGCUGAUUGUUUGCUCUUAUCACAGCAUGAGUGAAACGGGACUGAUUUUCAAAUAUGUUACCAUUUUACAUGCGAUAUAUCUAGGAUCGGGUGCACUGAGAAAUUAUACGCAGUGUUAACUAUGGGAAGGCCACAAACAGACAAUGUCAAAACAUACCCGCUCGGACAGCGCAUGGAAGUUUGUGAAUUACGUUGUCACCAAUCGUAUGUAAAUUGUUGGAUAUUGUAUAAUACUUAUCCUGCUGCGCAUAAUUCAAAAUGCCUCCACCAAUGGCAAGCCUUCUUGAUCAUAUUUAUGGUUUAUACAUCUGAUGUUCCUAUUACGUUUGUACAUGUAUAUUUGAUUGUUACAUUAUGCGUGAAUAACGGUACUGUCUGUAAGGCAGGACAAAUCCCCACCCUUUCCACGAACACCUAGUGUCAUCACCGAUUUUCAGUGACCCAGUAAUAUACCUUUCACAGCUAUAUUUCAAUGCAA